CUAGGAUUUCCUUGAGAGUUUUUAAGAUCUACCAUACUCAAUAAUGGCUUUCUUCAUCCCCAUCAUCAUGGCAACCAUGUCAAAGAAACCUGUUGUUACUACUACUGUUGUCAUCCCAAAGGUUGUGAAAAAUAAGCUCCAUCUUUUUAAGAACCCUAACCCCAAACAUUCUGCAGCUUUUUUUGUCCCCAAAUGUUCUUUCCCACUUAAAAUGUCGAAAAACAAGAAAGGGUCUCUUCGUCCUAGUUUCACUACUCAUGAUCUUAUUCGUUCAGAUAUGUUUGAUUCUGAUAUGGAGGAGGAGGUGAAGUUGUAUGACAAAGAAGAAGAAAAAGAUAUGAUGAUGAAGAGAUGGAGUGCUAAAGAGCUGAAAGAAGGUAUUGAGUUGAAGAUCAACUUGCCUGGGUUUGGGAAGGAUGAUAUCAAAGUCACUGUAGAGGGUAGUACCUCUCUUGUUAUCACUACUGUUCUGGGUAAAGAAGAAGAUGAUGUUGUUAGUGUUGGUUCAGAUGUUAAUGAAGAUGAUAUGAACAUUGUUAUAAUUUUCGAUCUUUGAUGUCCUCAACUUACAGGAACUGAAAGCUGAGAUGAAGAAUGGACUUCUUAAGAUCUCUAUUCCUAAGGUGAAGGUUGAGGAGAUUAUAAUUUUCGAUCUGGAUUUUGAUUUCCUCAACUUACAGGAACUGAAAGCUGAGAUGAUGAAUGAACUUCUUAAGAUCUCCAUUCCUAAGAAGGUUGAGGAGAAGAAUGUCAUCCUUGUAACUGUUGAGUAGUCUAUCUGGCCAGUGUUCUAGAUGAAGAAAAGGUGGUGGUUGGUUUUUACUUUCUGUUCUUUUAUCUUUUGGUCGCAUGAAAAUUUCCCUUCCUGGUUUAGUUUAGUUUAUCUUUCUCGUUUUAGGGUUCAUGUUUUGUUGGUUGUGGUGAUCGUAAGAUUGAUUCAUCAAGG